AAACCCUCAUCUCCACAUCUCUUCUUCACCCCACUUCUCACUCUCUCUCUCAAACACUCACUUUCUCUCUCUACAAAUAUAUACAAACAUCGAUAUGAAGAACGCUGUCGUUUUCGCAUUCAUCUGUGCCAUUGUCGCCGCUGUCGGAGCUCAAUCUCCGGCUUCUUCGCCUACAAAUGCGCCACCGUCAACCGUCGUAACAACGCCGCCUGCUGCGUCACCUUCUGCUGUUCCAGUAGCUCCGGUGAAAGCUCCGGCGAAGGCUCCGGUGGCAGCUCCUCCAACUGCUCCUGUGACAGCUCCUCCAACGGCUCCUGUGACUGCUCCUCCUGCUGCGACUCCGGUGAGCACUCCUCCUGCUCCGGUGCCGGUGAGUUCUCCACCACCAGCGGUUGAGUCACCUCCGGUUCCUGAACCAGUUCCCGCACCCGAGACUUCUCCGGCUCCUGAGGCUGCUGCCCCGGCGCCUAGCAAGAAGAAGGGAAAGAAGAACAUUGCACCAUCGCCCGCGCCUUCUUCCGAUUCGCUCGCUCCUGGACCGAGCACUGACGCUGCGCCCGCUCCUGGUCCCGCAUCAGCCGAUGUCGCUGAUGAGAACGGAGCAUACAAAUUGAAGAGUGUGCAUAUGGCGGUGGGAAGCUUGGUGGUGGCAUUGGCUGCCUUCAGCUUGUUCUAGAUUGAUUUUGUAUACAUAUUCAUUUUUCAUUUUAUUAUUAUUUUUUAUAUGAGUUGUAUUGAUUAUUUGUUUUCCUAUUGUUGUACUUCGUCGGCAUAAAUAAAUAUAUUAUUUUACCAAA